CGCUUAUUACGCUAGGCACCACAAUAUGACUAAAGCCAGUUAGUUUGGAAAGCUCCUCUGCGUAUUGUUUUCUCGUUAAGGAACGUUGGUGAAAUAACGUGCUGUUAUUGAGCAAAGCAUCACUGGUCACUUGAAGAAGAGUAACAAUGGCACAAGAGGUGUGCAGCCACGUGAAGGUGGUGGUUCGAGUGAGGCCUGAGAAUUACAGUGAGAAGAGUGACAACUUUAAGAAGGUGGUCCAGGUUGUUGAUAAUCACAUGCUAUUAUUUGAUCCCAAGGAACAGGAAAUGGCAUGUUUCGGUUCACACAGAGUACAGAACAGGAACAUUAACAAGCGGGCCAACAAAGACCUUAAAUUUGUUUUUGACCAUGUCUUUGAUGAGGACGCCACUCAAGCUGACAUCUUUGAGAACACCACUAAAGGUUUGCUGGACAGUGUGAUGAAUGGAUUUAACUGCACAGUGUUUGCCUAUGGUGCGACUGGAGCAGGUAAAACGCAUACAAUGUUAGGGUCACAAAAUGACCCUGGGGUUAUGUAUCGAACAAUGAAAGAACUUUUUCAGCGUAUGGAUGAUGCCAAGGAGGAGAAAGAGUUUGCUGUUGCAUUCUCAUAUCUUGAGGUUUACAAUGAACAGAUCAGAGACUUGUUGGCCAGGGCGGGCCCUCUUGCUGUGCGAGAAGACAGCUCUAAAGGAGUGGUUAUUCAGGGCCUUUCACUGCAUCAGCCUAAAUCUGCAGAGCACAUACUUGAGGCCUUGGAUUCUGGGAAUCAAAACAGAACACAGCACCCUACUGAUGUGAAUGCCACCUCUUCUCGGUCCCAUGCUGUCUUUCAGAUAUAUUUGCGACAGCAGGACAAGACUGCCAGCAUAAAUCCUAAUGUCUGUGUGGCCAAAAUGAGCCUAAUUGAUCUUGCGGGCUCGGAGAGAGCCAGCGCCACCAAUGCCAAAGGUGCCCGUUUUCGGGAAGGUGCCAACAUUAAUCGCUCACUCCUUGCUUUGGGAAAUGUUAUCAAUGCACUUGCUGACCCUAAGAAUAAGAAGGCUCAUAUACCAUACAGAGAUAGCAAGCUGACACGCCUACUUAAAGACUCCUUGGGAGGAAACUGCAGGACACUCAUGAUUGCCAAUGUUAGCCCCUCAUCCAAAUCAUACGAUGACACUCACAACACUUUAAAAUAUGCCAACAGAGCCAAGGAGAUUAAGUCUUCGCUGAAGAGUAACGUUGUCAGCCUGGACAGUCAUGUUGGCCAGUACGCAGCCAUAUGUGAGAAACAGCGGCAGCAGAUCAUACAGUUAACACAGAAACUAAAGGAAUACGAGAAGAAGGCAGAGCCUGGGGUUUCUAGCAUGAUCUCUUCUCUGAAACAGACAGAAGUCGCAAAGGUGUCAGAAGCUCUGCAGCAAAUCUUUUCUAGCCGAACCCAAAUCAGAAACGAACAGCUGGAUUUGGAGAGGCAACUGAAGGAGAAUGAGCUGCGCCAGCACUAUAGUGAGGAGGACAACCAGCAGGUCCAAUAUUUCUGUGCCAAAAACAAGAUUGAGAAGGCCACUUGUAAACAUGAACGCAAGAUCGCCAGCUUACGCACUCAGCAGCAACACAUUCUUAAGCGUUUGAAGAACGUAGAAAGACGUUUCCUCGACAACGAUGGCUGGCUUCAUCGUGUAGAAAAUGAGAUGAAGCUAUUAAAGUCAAAUGCUGAGGCCUCUGUGGUCUUAGAGAAGGACUUACAUUGCCACAGACUGGAGUUGCAGGUUAAUGAUUUGAAACAACACAUCAAGCAGAUGAUCAAGCUUACUGCUCUGCAGGAUCAGGAGAACAAGCGCAUGCAGAAAAUGGCUUGUGUCCUGUUACCAGCUUAUAGUCGACAAUACAAUGUGUUGCAUGAGGCUGGAUUGGUUACAUCAACAGAUGAGGCUGAGAACCAAGAAAUUGAACACAUUUUGCUGAGGGAGAGAGGUGUGGUGUGGGCAGACCAGGAGGAGGCGGAUCAGUGUUUAAAAGAUGAAAGACCUUCAGAGAUGUCACACAAGACAAAUGAGGCUGGAGGCUUCAUGAUCCACGGCGAACUGGCACCUAUCCUGUCUUUUUCACAUCUGCUCUACCACCAGAGCAGUCCUUGUAGUGCUGAGACGAGACAAGCAUCACUGUGCAGUGUUGUUCAAGGCCCAAAAGGUGGAGGGAAACAGACAGAUGUGAUACAGAAAGCACCUCCCAGGAAACCUGUCAGGAAAAACCUCUCUGUAUUAUUGAAACCACAAAGCCCCAGAACCAAGGACCACGGCUGUGAAGAGGGCAUGUUCCCACUACAGUGCACACCAGAACCUGUUAAAACAGUCUCUGCUCCCCCGUUGAUCUCCUCCACUGCAGAUGAUCCCAAUAGGACCUUUGAAAUUCUAGAAGAGGAACAAACUGCACCUUUUCCAACCAUCAAAAUGCAUAGGGGCAGUCCUUUUCAGGCAUCUAAGUCCAUGGACCUCUCAGCUUCAAGCCAGCUACGCCAUCAUCCCAGGGCCAAUGAAAGAAACCAUAUUUCUGCCAAAAGAUUACUGGUGCCAUCUUUACAAAACGUGAGGCGUGCCAACCCACCGUACAUGAACAUGACGACUGCUGUACAACGAAAACGGAAAGUUAAUCACACAGAAGAGUCGACACAGGGAUUUUCUGAACCUAAGCGAAUUAAGAAAGAUCUUUCAGUGACUCCAAAGGCCCCUGUGGUGCGCCGUGUUUAUGGAUCAGAGGAGAACAAACCUGGCAGAGUUGUGAGGAGUGUUUCUAAAAGGAAGCUCCACAUCAUUGAAAGACAGAAGCCCAAACCCUUUUGAUAUGAAACUUCCAGGCACUUCAGCCAAGUGACCAAGCAGAUAUAAAUCAGUGCUUUACGUUCCUCAAGUUCAGUUUUAUUUUUUUUUUAUGAAUGCGGUUUCACUUGAUGGCUUAAGUGUGUGUGUAAACAGUGUAUAGGUUUUGUGUUGUUUAGUUUGAAUGGUUAUGUUUGUAGAUUUUUUUAACAGAUGUGCAAAGUAAUGACAGAAAAUAGAACUGUAAGUCCUGUGGAUUUGUUGUACUUGUGUUUUAUAUUCAUUCAUUCAUUGAUAUUAUUAUUAUUUUUUUCUUCUAGAAGUUUGGUAGGUAACCAUAUUGUCCCAUGGCAGGUAAUUACACAUUUCAUUAAAAGUGAGG